AUGCCUAGGAAGCCCACACCUGCAGGCAAGCAGAGGGUCAGGACGGGCUGUCUGACGUGCCGCAAGAGGCGGAGAAAAUGCGAUGAGCAGAAGCCGCGAUGUGCCAAUUGUGAAGUCAAAGGAUUCACUUGUAACUACGGUGCUGAUCUUACCUUCGUUCCCUCGCGCUCUGGAGCGGCGUCGGGCGGUAGGACGGGCCAGCUGUAUGAUGCCAUCACGUUCGUCGAUGACUCUCCACUCGCAUUGAGGAAGGAAUCCUUCCAGCAGCUGGAUAAAAUAACGCCCGUGUCCCACGUGGCCCCUCAACAACCUUCCAGUGGCGUGAAUGAACCUGCAUAUCAGAGUGUUAGGGAAAGCCGCACCGCGGUUCCCAUCGACAACAUGUUAACGUCAAAUGUAUCGAUCGGAUUCGCAGCCGGUCCAUCAAAUUUACAAGACACGCCAGACGUUUUCCUGGAUGCCACAUCACGAGGAACGUCUGGAACCCAUCCCAUUCCGGAAUAUCUGAGCUUCCUCACCAGCCCCCGGCAGAUCCCAAGGCGACCGACCACGGCUCAUAGCUGCCGAGAGACUGACUUGCUUCGGCACUUCCGCUAUCACAUUGGUCCUUGGAUUGACGUUGGGGACCCCGAAUGUGCCUUUGGAGUGCAGACAUUGCUCCUUUCGCGGUCCAAUAGACCAUUGCAGGCAGCCAUUCUCGCGCUAUCCGCUGGCCAAAGAUCGCUUCUCUCUGGAUCUCACCACUAUCAUGAAGAAGACAUCAGUAAUAGCAUUCAAUUUCGCAAGAUGGCCGAAGAAAGCUUGGAAUUCCAGCCUGAUUUGGUAAAACAGGCAGGUCAUGCCAUACUUCUCCUGCAAGAUCUUCUGCCAUCCGGCCUUCAUCGAUGGAAAAGUUGGCUUGAUUCAGCGGACAAUUACUUGUCUCCAAUGUCUCUGACAGAAGACCUGGGUGAAGCGUUAUUUUGGCUACACUUCCGACUUGACCUCGCAUCCUCCAUCGUCACCUCCAAGGCCCCAUUAAUAGCCUUUCAUUCCUUUCUUCAUCGUGAUGGCUCGCCAAUACACGCCUCUCGACUAGAUUUGCAUUGUCGAAGCGUCCAUCGAGUAUAUGAUCAUGCUCUCUGUCUCCUCGGUCACUCCCUGGCCUUGAUAUACGGAGCCCCAGACGUGAAUUUUCCUCAGACUGCCGGCUCUCCACAAUUAGCAGCGUUACCAUCUCUGCGACAGUCCCAUUUUCUAUCCCAAUGGACUUUUCUCUGGACGGACUGUCAGAAAUGGUACAAUGAGCGCCCGGUUGACGCCCAACAAAUAGUCGACAUUCGUGGCGGCGAAGCGGAUCAGAUCGAUCCCCACCACUCCUCAUCCUUCCCAAUUCUCAUCUUCACAACGCCAAUGGCGCUGGUCGCCAACGCCGUCUACCACAUUACUUCACUCCUAUUAUUGACGCAUAAACCACGUUUACUAAAGUCACUACCCGGUCCCCGAUGUUUCACUUCGCAUAUCUGGCACGCCCAAUCCAUCGCUGGAAUCGCCGCUAGCAAUGACUCCCCGGAGCAAUGGGAUCCGAUACUAGUUGCGAGUCUUUUGUCUAUCGCAAGAGACAUGUCGCACGAGUCUCAACAGGCUGUGCUCCUAGAACGACUACGGAGAAUAACAGCGACCACGGGGAUCAAUCUGGAACAAGAAACAGAAGAACUUCGGUCGGUAUGGAGAAUGGCGCGGUAUGAUGAGGAAACGGAUGAUCAUGCAACUAAUUCUAUCAUGUCAUGA